UUUCAGCCCAACAUGUAGCUCGUGUCCAGCAGGUUUUUAAGUAUGUCUACGGCUGAUAUGUCCGCCGUGUUGAACAUCCUCCAGUCUCUUUAUCGGCACAUACAGACGCUGCAGGAGUUUGCCGACAGCAUCGUUUUCAAAGAGGGUAAGACGGCGGUACUAACUGAGCAGUCAGACUCGAACCGCUUUAAAACGUUUGUCAGAGGAGUGUUUGUCUGCUUCGAUAAGGAGCUACAGCAAGUCCCGAGCUGCAGCCAGAUUUGCACUCUACCAGAAGUCCUGGCUUUUGUCCUCAACACCAUGAAGAGGAAAAGAAGAAAAAACGUCCUUGCACACGGCUACAAUCUGCUGGCCCUGCCGCAGGAGGAUCGGGAUGCUGAUCACUUUAAAUUCCAAGGAGACUUGACUCAAAGUGCCGCCUAUGUCCACGGCAGUGACCUGUGGAAGAAAGUCACGUUGCGCCUAGGCACAGACAUCAUGCGGUACCUUCUGGAGAGCUGCUCCUUAUUCGUUUCGGUGCCUCCUUCGUGUGUUUUCCAGGUGUGUGGCCUCCCGGUGUAUGACAGGGUGUCCUCCAGCCCUUCCUCUGGUGGGUUUCGUCUUCUGCUUGGAUUUAGGCGGCGUAGUUUCUCUCAAUUUGGAAGAAAUCAAAGGUCACUGAGCUUCAGAGGGAAACAAAAAGUUGAAAAACUGCCUGACGACAAGAUGAGAAGGAGAAGAGUGGAAAAAGUGAAUAAGAGGAAAAGAAAGAGGGGACCAGAGCAGACGGAGGAGGAGAAUUUGUUGGGAAAGAGGAGACGGUUAGCGAGCAAAGAAAAUGAUCAGGACAUGUCCGUAGAACCAGCAGUGUCUAGGAAUAACGUGGAAAGUGGAAGGACUGGUUUCAAACAGCCAGUUGGGAUACAAACAGCCGGGCCUUCCUCAGAGGGUAGUCCCAGUUGGAGAUCAGGGGUUUAUCCCCCUUUACCGCCCUCUCAAUGCUACAUCCGAACGCUUGGAUUCAUGUACGGCAACAGAGGCCUGCACAGCUUCCUUCUCAACAGGAAGAAAAAGAGCGCCGACGGAUCCAGAGGGUUACAAGGCAAAGACUUGGUACGAAUUAUCUUCUUUGAGGGGUUUAUGUAUUUAAACGGUGUAGAGAAGAAGCCAAAGAAGCUUCCUCGGAGGUUCUUCAGCACGGUUCCCCUCUUUACUCGGCUUUUACGGCAACACAGGAAAUGCCCCUACAGCAAGAUUCUACAGAGGUUCUGCCCAUUGCUCCAAGAGUGCAACUCUGCUGCUGCAGAGUUAAACUCCCUUUUACAGAGACACUGCGGACCCCACCGGGUCUACCUGUUUGUCAGGGAAUGCCUCUCCGCUGUGAUUCCUCAAGAGCUGUGGGGCUCCGACCACAACCGGGUUCAUUUCUUGGCCAGAGCCAAAGCCUUCCUGCAUAGCGGCAAGUUUGAGAGACUGUCGCUGGCUGAGCUGAUGUGGAACAUGAAGGUGAAUGACUGCGACUGGCUGAAGAUCAGUAAAACCGGCCGGGUCCCACCCAGUGAGCUGGCGUAUCGGACGCAGAUCCUGGGUCAGUUUCUGACCUGGCUCUUGGAUGGCUUUGUUGUGGGCCUGGUUCGGGCGUGUUUUUACGCCACAGACGGUGUGGGGCAGAAGAACGCCGUUAGGUUCUACCGACAGGAAGUCUGGGCUAAACUCCAGGACUUGGCUUUCAAAGGUCACCUCGCCAAAGGCCAGAUGGAGGAGUUAUCGGCGACUCAGGUGGCGUCUCUCCCUAAAGGCACCGUCAUCUCCAGACUUCGCUUCAUCCCUAAGACAGACGGCAUGAGGCCCAUCACACGAGUUAUAGGAACAGAUCCUAAAACAAGGAUGUUCCAGGCACGGGUGCGGGACCUGCUGUACAUGCUGAGGGCCUGCGUGCGCUCCACUCCGUCCCUCCUUGGCUCCACAGUGUGGGGGAUGACGGAUAUUCACAAGGUGCUGAGCUCCUUGGCACCAGCCCAGAAAGAAAAACCUCAACCACUUUACUUCGUGAAAGUGGAUGUGAGUGGAGCCUAUGAGAGCCUGCCACAUGACAAACUCCUGGAGGUGAUUGGACAGACCCUGUCCCCCUUCCAGGAGGAGCUUUUCACCAUCCGCCGCUACGCAAAGAUCUGGGCCGAUUCCCACGAAGGCCUGAAAAGGGCCUUUGUUAGACAGGCAGAUUUCCUGGAGGACAGCAUGGGAUCCACCAACAUGAAGGGAUUUUUAAUGUCGAUGGAGAAAAGUGGAAAAAUCCACCACGCUAUCCUAGUGGAACAGCAGUUCUCCUCUGAUCUUCGAGGCAGAGCAGCCUCCCAGUUCUUCACCCAAAUGCUAACAGGCAGUGUCGUUCAGUAUGGAAAGAAGACAUACCGCCAGUGCCGAGGGAUUCCUCAGGGAUCCGUGGUGUCCAGUCUGCUCUGCUGUUUGUGUUACGGCCACAUGGAGAACACUCUGUUCAGAGACAUCACUAAAAGCAAAGGGUGUUUGAUGAGACUGGUGGACGACUUCCUCCUCAUUACGCCAGACCAACACCAUGCACAAACGUUUCUGAAUACGCUGCUGGCGGGAGUUCCACAGUAUGGCCUCGUGGUCAAUCCACAGAAGGUGGUGGUUAACUUCCAAGUAUCAGGAAGCGUGGAUUCUUGCCCCGGCAUCCGCGUCCUGCCUCCUCACUGUCUCUUCCCGUGGUGUGGGCUGUUGCUGGACACCCACUCCCUGGAUGUCCAUAAAGACUAUUCAAGCUAUGCAGGCCUCUCUCUACGAUACUCCCUCACUCUGGGUUCUUUCCAAUCAGCCGGACAGCAAAUGAAGAGGAAGCUAAUGGUCAUCUUAAGACUCAAAUGCCAUCCCCUCUUCUUGGACUUGAAGACUAACUCCCUGGAGGUGGUCUACAGGAAUAUCUACAAGCUGGUUCUGCUGCAUGCAUGCAGGUUUCAUGUGUGUGCCCAGAGUUUGCCCUUUGGUCAAACAGUUGCUAAGAAUCCACUUUACUUCCUGCAGAUGAUUUGGGACAUGGCUCAGUAUGCCAAUAAGCUCAUCAGGUCCAGCAACAAGGGGCUAAUUUUAGGCAGCAAAGCCCAGACGGGCAUCAUGCAGUAUGAGGCGGUGGAGCUGCUUUUCUGUCUGAGCUUCCUGCUGGUGCUUUCACAACACCGUCGACUCUAUAGGGAUCUACUGACACAUCUGCACAAAAGGAAGCGCAGGCUGGAGCGACAGCUGGGGGAUCUGAGGCUGGCCAGGGUGCGUCAGGCUUCAAACCCUCGAACACCCUCGGACUUCUUGGCCAUCCAGAUGUAAACCAUCCACCACUCCAACCUUUUUUUAGAUGAAAACUUGAAUUUCUAGGAAUGUUUACGGCUUUCCCAGUUGUUUUUAUGUAAUAUAGCAGAGACAGCCUUUACUAUAAAUGUCAUCAAAGUGAAAAAUUGCGAUGAACCUCCCUUCAUUGUGAUUUUAACCGAGAGGAGAUCUCACGCAACCAAUAUCUUACUGGCCUGUCGGCAAAGAGUGACACGUUUGUUUUCCCGACAUACAAAGGGAGGAAUAUAGUCCUUAGUCAUCUGGUGUUAAACAUGGAAGAGAUAAGCCUUCGUCAUAAACACAUCCCAUAAAACAACAGGUAAACCUGUAAAGAUGAAUAUUUAAUCCCCUAGCUACCACAGCAGUCAACUUUUAUUGCAUAGCUGUUUUUUUCUGGACUUUGAUUUAAUUGUGAUGGUAGUUUUCCAGAUAAAACAUGAUGUCACUGGAGGAAGCAGGCUUGCUGAAUGAGUUACAUACAACAGGUUUUUUUUUUGUUUGUUUUGUUUUGUUUACUGUUCUAUCCAAAUCCUAUUCUGUCACAAAAUUUGAUAUU